AUGACCGCCACAACCGCCCCCCCAACAGUUCCACCAACCAAAAACGUUUUCCGCCUCCACGGCGUCAACGUUCUCAACCGCAAAAACGUUGACUCGAUCUCGCGUCUCACCGCCCUUGAGAAGCGUCGUGCAACCCACAUCCUCGACGAGCGUCAGCGUCGUGACACCAUGAACCAGCUCCUUGCCGAGCUCGCUAACCUCGUUCGUGAAUCCGCCGCUGAAGUCGCUGCUACACAACAACAACAGGAACAGUAUCAAUCACAACAGCUUAACGCCGACGGUACGGAAAAGAAGGCCCCAGUCAAGUCAAACUCGAUCACCACCCUCCGCAACGCCAUCACCGAGAUCCGUCGCCUUCGAUCCUGCGCUGGUCUUGAGACCACCACCCCUCCCUGCGCCGCAUCCCUCGCCGUCAUCUCCCCCAACGCCUCCCGCUCCUCCUCGCCUGUCUCCCAGACUUCUUACACCAAGAUGCAGCAGAAGCAAGAACAGGUUCAGUUGCCAGCCCCGGUACCAAGCAGCCAAUACUCCACCCCCGCCUCUUCUCCCAAGGCAUACGCCAGCCAAGUCCCUCCCAUGGCCUCUUACUACCACCCCCAGCAGCAGCUCCAGUCGCCUCCACUCUCGCCUUCGAGCCCAGACUCGCACCAGUACCGCUCUUCAUCGGCCUCGCCCCCCACCAUGGCUGUCCAUUCUUCUCCUGCGCCCCAGUUACCCUCGCUCUUUGCCAACUACCAGUCCUCAAGCCCAUACAGCUACCAGUCCCAGCCCCAGCCCCAGCAGUACAGUCAGCAGCAGCAGCAGCCCAAGUACUACUCCCAGUACUCUGCUCCUUCCCAAUACGAGUCAUACAGCCGGUCGGCCUCGCCCUCUAGCUCGGGUUACUCAUCCUCUACUGCACCAUCGAUGAUCCUUCCCCAGCCUUACAUGCACCAACAGCAGCAGCAAUACUCUGCUUACGCUCCCAUGUAA